AUGAAACCCAUCGAGGACCUCCGCACCUUCACCGACAACCAGCUCAGAACCAACGUGUUCAACGAGGGCUGGGUCAUUGCAGUCUUCGGCUCAUCGCCACAAGACAAGGAAUAUUGCGAGAUCGACAAGGCAGAGGCUGCAAGAGAGGCGGAGUGCAGGGCGAAAGAGAAAGCUGAUCAGGAGGCUGCGGCCGCUGCAGAAGCUGCAGAGGCUGAGGAAGAGGCGCGGCGUAAACAGCGCGGUGCAGAGAUCCUCACAAAUCCCGAACCAGCCACGGGUGCCGAACCCACGGCAAGGAUUCGGCUCCAGCUACCCUCCGGCGAGCGCCUGCAACGGAACUUUCGAGCAGACCAGUGUUUGGAAGAGGUUUACGACUGGGCCCACUGCUGCCGCCCUCAAGCAAAGCCGAAGCGCUUCGAGCUUUGCAUCAGCUUUCCGGCCAGAACUCUGACAGAACGGUCAGCCACUCUCCAGGAGCUGGACUUGGUUCCCAGCGCUGCGCUGGUGCUGCGUGAAGCAGAAAGCUAG